AUCUUGUCGGUACAGUUGUCAGAGAAGGGAACUCCCACAGCAAAAGGCAUAAAACCAUCUGGGGCAAUCCGGGCGGCUCAGUCCUCCACUGCCAGGGAGCGGAGCAGAGCCCAGCCCAGCACCAAACACAGAUGGAACCAUGAACUCGAGCCACAGAGUUAGCCAGAGCUACUCAGCCUCCCUCCGUGGCACAGGAGAUGGCCGGGGCUGGCCUGGGAGCUUGCCCCGGGCCCCCAGCGUCCAUGGCGGUGCAGGAGGUGUCCGCGUCUCUCUUUCCUUCUCCAGGCCAAGAUGCCUGCCCCCUGGAGGGGCUUGGGCAUCUCAAAGGGGCAGUCCCCUUCUAGGCGGAAAUGGGAAAGAGACCAUGCAGAACCUCAACGACCGCCUGGCCUCCUACCUGGACAAGGUGCGCGCGCUGGAGGAGGCCAACCAGAAGCUGGAGAGCCGCAUUCUGCAGUGGCAUCGGGAGAGAGAUUCUGGCAGCAAGAAAGAUUAUUCCCCAUACGAGGAAAACAUCAGCCACCUGCAGGAGCAGAUAGUGGAUGGCAAGGUGGCCAACGCGCACAUCCUCGUUCUCAUCGACAACGCCAGGAUGGCGGUGGACGACUUCAACCUCAAGUACGAAAAUGAGCGCUCCUUAAAGAAAGACCUGGAAAUUGAGGUGGAGACCCUGCGAAAGACCUUAGAUGAUCUGACCAUCGUCACAACAGAUCUGGAGCAGGAGGUGGAAGGGAUGCGGAAAGAGCUGAUCCUCAUGAAGAAGCGACACGAACAGGAAAUGGAGGGACAGCCCAUGCCAAAUGACCUCAAGGUCAGCGUGAAGGUGGACACAACUCCCGGGGAAGAUCUGAUCAAGGUCUUGGAGGACAUGAGGCAGGAAUAUGAGUAUAUAAUAAAGAAGAAGCAUCAAGCCUGGGACACUUGGUUCAAAGAGCAGUCAGCAGCCAUGUCCCAGGAGGUGGCCAGUCCAGCUGCUGUGCAGGCCAACCAGGGUGACGUCCACGAGUUGAAGCGCACUUUCCAGGCCCUGGAGAUCGAUCUGCAGGCACAGCACAACAGGAAAUCUGCCCUAGAGAACAUGCUGCUGGAGACCCAGUCCCGGUUCUCCUGCCAGCUCCAGGACAUGCAGCAGAUCAUUUCCCACUAUGAGGAGGAGUUGCUGCAGCUACGCCAUGACCUUGAGAGGCAGAACAAUGAAUACAAGGUGCUGCUGGGCAUCAAGACCCACCUGGAGAAGGAAAUCGCCACCUACCGCCAGCUCCUAGAGGGAAACAGCAAUGGGGCAAUGGAAGAAUCUAAGCCCAGCGUGAAAGUAUCUGCAGCUCCAAAGCUCAAGGCCAUCGUGCAGGAGAGUGUCAAUGGAAGAAUAGUUCUUUCUCAAGUGAAUGAGAUCCAGAAGCACGUGUGAGGCCAAUAAAAGUUUCCGCCUGUUGUAAAAACUGUUCUUUUCGCACGGAAAGUCCUUGCCUAGACAUUGAAGGGUGAGUGCUGAAAGGGAUCCUGGGUGUUAGCAACUCCGAAACUUCUAGUAUUUUUUUCUAUCCCAAUCUCAUCAGACUUCCCCUAACACUUCUGAUAUACUGUUGAAAUUUUCAAGUCAAAGUACAGAUUUAUGAGUUUAAAGCUCUGCUUUCCUACCGUGGUCUUCAGAUUCCCAUCAAGGUGCAUCUGGUUUGUAGCCAAUAAAACUGUACACACUA